UUUCGCAACGAAAUACGCAUUUGAACCGAGCGACGAAAUGGUUGUUGUCGAUAAACGUAGAUAUUUAAUAGUCUCCACAGCGGGAUAUUUCUUUGGCACGUCCGUGCAGCAAGACGACGACGACAUCGAGGAUCGAGAGACCCUCGAUCGUUUCCUGGAGCAAUCGUCAUGUAGAACUUUAUGCGCUCGACCGGCCGACACGAAUCGGGAUCAAGUUCGUUUAAAAUUAACCACCGAAUUGCCUGCCGGUCGAAACACAUUGGUCUUUUUCAAGGUGACAGCGGCGGUGGUGACAGAGGAGAACUUUCACGAUGUAGUCCAAGUGGCUUCCACCGGCUGCGGCGACGGAUCGGUACUAAUCGAGGGUCUUCGUCAGGUGUGGGCGCCGACUCUUCAGUCAUCCGGUUUAAACACAUCGUGCUUGAAAAAAUUGGAAGAAAAGCUGCUUAGCUCCGGAUUCUCGACCACUGUCGCAGAGGAGGAAGAAUUUUGGAGGAGAAAACGGGACGAGGUCAAACGAUCACAUGAAAGAACAGUUUGCGAUGAAGCCGUCAAAUCGGUGAAGAACAUCAGGGUCGAACUUGAAAGCGCCGCGACGUCGAGAGAUGGCUUGAUUGCUGUAGAAGAGGCUUGUGAAGCCAUUUCGGUUUAUGUGGAUGAUUUAUGGAAACUAGGAGGACCAGCCUAUACCGAGGAUCGAAUGAAAUCGCUUCUCGAUGUAAUUGGAAACGAAGUGGUUGAAUUAACACAGAAUUAUCUUGCCGCGGUCGAUGCAACCGACACUCGUGCAAAGGACGAAACGAUCGCAUUUGGUGCGACAGUGUGCGAAAAAUGGAUAAGUGCUACGCAAAAAUUAACAGAACUUUUCUGGCCGCAUCAUUCGCUUCAUCCUUGGCGUGGAGCGAUCUUUGUACCCGAAAGAUGCUCGAAGCUUGGCAAAACUCUCAGGCAAAUGUCCGAGUUGCGUGCACAGCACCGCCAAUUGAGCAGACUUUUAACCUCGAACGAGAGAUCAGGACUCGGUAUUGAUAAAUUACUCCAAGCAUUCGAUGACACGAAGGUUGGAUUGGACGAUGAUGAGAGAGAUGGCGAAUGGGAGAGACUAAAACGUAAAAUUGAGGAAGGCUUGGAACCAGCCGAGGAACGCGUGGCUCAAAAGCUGAAAUCUCAUAUCGCUGAUGCUGAUACUCCGAGUGCUUUAGUAGCUGAAUUUACAAGAUACAGCGAGCUGAUAAAGAGGGAAGGGCUUAAGAGAGCGUUGCGUGGAGAACGAGAGUCGUUGCUUUCUGCAUAUCGUGAUCUAAUCGAAAAUCGCUUGGCUGGUCCCGACACGGAAAAUCUUCUCGAUGCUCCGAAAAUACUGCAAGAGGUUCAAGCUGCUAGAUCUGCGGAAGUACGAUUAGAGAGUUUGGCUAAAUUAGGGAAAGAGUUGCUCGCCGAUCUCCCCGGGUACGAUGAAGUAGCCGCGCGAUUGUCGAGCGCAUUAAAAGAAGCCGAAGAGAAGAGACGGGAUUUGGUUGAAUCAUGGGUAAACAACACGAAGAAUGAUAUAGCUAGAAAAGAGUUGAGCUUGGGUACCGAUUCACCGGUAGUCGAACUUACCGGCACUAGUAUGAUGCGAGUGACCUACGAUCCUCGAUUGAUGACUCUGAUCAGAGAAGCCAGAGCGCUGUCCGGCGAGGGCGUCGAACUGCCGAGGGAGGUCAGAGAGCUGGUGGACAGAGCUGCGUCUUUAGCUGGACGGGCUAGAGCUCUUCAGCAAGUUGCUACUUUUCACAACACGAUCGGCGACCGGAUGGUGCCUUCUCAAAGACCGCUCAUGUUGACGAUAGCUCUUGAAUUAGCACGAGCUGUUCAAGAACAGUCAGGCGUUGUUUGGUCUGACCCUCAUCUCGUUGACGCGUAUAUCACCCGUUUAAAAGAAUUGGUGGCAAAGUUUGCUCGGCAAAACUCGGAAUUGAUUUCGAAGCAUUCCACGUUACGAGAUUACGUGUCGAACUUGCUGAAAGGCGACGCGGUGCAUCUUGUUGGAAAUCAGAAUAUAUGGAAGGAAACGUUAACGAGCAUGAGGGCGAUUGUUGACGCCGUAGAUUCGGAGUACGGUAACGCGAAGGCAUGGAAGUUGCAUUGGGAUCGGCAACUUUUGAAGGCGCUGGGUAUAGCGUACAGGAAUGCCUUACCAUCCUUGUCGAGGAAACUGCCUGAAAUUCGAGUAGAGCUCACUUUUCGGGAUGGUAUCUUGCAAUGGAGACCUCCGCUUGAAGACAUUCGUGCGAAAUUAUAUUCGAGUAUACGACGUUCACUUUCCAUUCCGAUAAACUUUAGAGGCGUGGGAGACGUGACAGAUGCGCACUUUGGCGAUUUGGUACAGAAAAAUGCGUAUCUUUUUAGCGGCGUUUACAAACAGAUUGAAUUCGCUCUGUUUACACUCGAAUUGUUUAAAACCAAAUGGCUGAAUCUUGCAACACCAGCCAAUAUUGAUGUUGGAGAGCGACUGAAAGGUAAAUCUCCUCAAGAGUGGGCGAAAGCAUUUAAAGAAGCCAAGCAAUGGGCUCAAGAGGUUGGAAAAUUACGAGGAUGCGACGUAAAAAUCUUGUGCAUAUGCGUCGACACAGCGACAACGAGAAACGAUUUGGAGACCGCGUCUCGUCAUUAUUGGGAACGUUUGUGUUCCGAUUUAAGGACAGAAGCAUCCUCGCGACUAGUAGCCAUUGUAGAUUUUCUGUCUUUUGCAUCUAAGGAGCUUGAACGUAGACCGCACGAUGUCGAAGAGGUCGGUUUAGCUCACGAGGCUCAUGCACGUAUCGAGCAACAGUCAGCCGGUAUCGCCGCGGAAAUGGAAGCUGUCACUGUGCUUGCCAAAGUUAUGGCUGCGUGGACCAGCGAGAAGCUCGAUGGUGUUAACGCGGCUUACGUUGCUUGGCAGGAAUUGGGGGAUCGUUUAGAAAAGCAUAAAGCUGUAAUGGCACGUUUGCUAGAAGACGCCAAAAUUAAUCUUCGUCAUAGAGCGAUAGCGCUGAGAGACGAAAGAGAAAGAUGGCAAGCCAAAUGGUCCUCGAGAUCGGAGAACCUUACACUCGAUUGGUUAUUAACAAUGAAGGAACGCUGGGCCAAUUUAAAUGGACAAAUGGAUUCCUUGAAAGCGGAUUGCAAUAGGAUAUCUUUGGACCUUGAAAGUGUCCUGGAGGACGACGAGAUUAAUCUCUCGCAAUUGGAACGCGAAUUGGAGACUGAGGAGUCAAAUUACAGGUUUCAAUCGGAGUUUUUGGAAGAACUGAGAAAUCAGGAAUCCGAGGAAUGGGCCGUGGCUCGAAGAAGAUUACCGAGACUUCAUGAUUGGCUUGAUUCCUGGGAGAGUAAGAUUCGUUUGCAGGAUGGUUUGGAAUCCGACACUUUUGUCGGUAAGAAGAUAAACAAAGUCAGAUCUGCGAUUGAAUCUAUUCAGCUGCUUCGAGGAGACGAGCUCGCCGACGAACAUUGGACCGAGUUAAUUCCUAUACUGAAAUUGAAGGUGGAAAAUCCACGAGAUAUCACUUUGGGCCAUUUGUUCGCUUGUACAAAGGCACUGAACGAAAACGAGGAUCGAGUGAAAGAAAUAACAAAACGAGCAAUCGCGGAAAGUGGAAUUCGACAAGCAUUAAUAGAUCUGGAAAUUUGGGAAAGUACUGUGUCACUUCCUUUGCAAGAAAUAACCGAUAGCAAAAAUGUGACGAUUUUACUCGUUCGAGAUUAUGGCAGUUUGUUAGCAAAAAUAGAGGAAUUGAGGCUGCUGCUCGAAGGUGCGAAAGGUACAUCAGGACACGACAGAUUCGCGUCUAGAGCUGCACGAUGCGAAGCGGCGCUAUCAGAGCUCGAGGAAAGAAUUAAAGUCCUGAGUACUGUGCAAAGAAAAUGGAUCUACUUGGAUCCGGUCUACGGAAGCGAGGCAGCUCCUAAUGAUUCCGGAAGAUGGUCGAGAGCGGAUAAAGAAUUUAGGUAUCUUAUUGGAGAAGUAUCCCGAGAUCCCCGAGUACCGUCUUUGAGACGACUUUCCUUGCCAGCAUUAACAAAUUUAAAGGAUUUGUUAGACAGAUGUCAGAAAAGUUUAGAUGAAUUUUUAGAGGAAAAACGAGCGGCUUAUCCGAGAUUAUACUUUCUCAGCGACGAGGAUCUUCUGGAGCUAGUAUCAGGCAGCGGAAGAGGCCUGGAAACUCAUUUACCGAAGUUGUAUUACGGCGUAGGUUCAAUAGUGAAAGAGAAUAAUACGUUAACGGCGAUCCAGUCGCCCGAGGGAGAAGUAUUAAAGUUACCGACGGCCAUUGAUCUCAGUGAACCUCUGCCGCAAUGGCUGGAUAAUCUAGAAAAAGGAAUAAGAAACGCUCUCCGUCAGAGUUUGGAGAAAUGCUUGAACGACUCCACGCCUGAUCCGUCCGUCUAUCCUACGCAGAUAUUAUUGCUUUCCGAAAGAAUAGGAUUUACUGAGCGCUGCGAAUACGCGCUGAAGGAAGGCCGUGCAGCUUUGCAAAAGCUCGUUGAAUAUUUGGAGACGCAGAGAGCGAGAUACAGGGGUUUAGAGGAUGCCGGGGACCAGCUGACCGCGUUGAAGGCGCGCGGCCUUCUUCUGGAUACCGUUUAUCAUUUGCAAGUAGCCAGAACACUGUUGAAAACUGUCGCAGCUGGCGAGAAUGCCGGCUGGAUGUGGUACAAGCAAUUGAGAAGCUACAAAAUCAAUCAAGGUACUUACGUGAUACGAUGCGCCGGUGCAGAGUUACCGUAUCGCUUCGAAUAUCAAGGCGCAGCCAUCGGUUUAGUGAGAACUCCGUUGACGGAGAAAUGUUUCUUAGCCCUCACGCAAGCUAUGAAGCUCGGAUUAGGUGGCAGUCCAACUGGUCCUGCUGGAACCGGCAAGACCGAAAGCGUUAAAGCACUAGCUUCCGUCCUGGGUAGAUUGGUCCUUGUUUUUAAUUGCGACGAAGGAAUGGAUACUGGCAGUAUGAAACGUAUUUUGGGUGGCUUGGCGCAAGCCGGCGCCUGGGGUUGCUUCGACGAAUUCAACCGCCUCGAGGAGGACACUCUGAGCGCAGUGUCGAUGUUAGUGAGACCGCUUCAGGAAGCGCUUCGAAACGGCUCGCCCGAGAUUCUGCUGGGCGAUCAGAAAAUCAAGCUAGACCCUCACUGUUGCAUCUUUAUCACGAUGAAUCCAGCCGGCAGCGAGUACGGCGGCAGACGCAAGCUUCCGGAUUCCUUAGCAAGGCUCUUCAGGCCUAUCAGUAUGGCGCAUCCAGACAAGGCGGACAUUGUUAGAACUCUGCUGGAGUGCGCCGGUUUCUUAGAGGCGCCCACUCUUGGUAAACGACUUGUAGAGGCUCUCGAGAUCGCCGAGACUAUGCUUUCCGAACAGCCGCAUUAUGAUUGGGGACUCAGAGCUCUCAAAUCUGUACUCGAUGCGUUACGUCCGAUGGCCAAUGUUGAUGAAACCACCAGGCUUCUUAUCUCAAUUAGAGCAUCGACUCUGCCGAAACUGACGGAAACAGAUACUACAAAAUUCUUGUCGUUAUUAGACGAUCUCUUUCCGAAGACCAAUUUAUUGUCCGUUUCUGCAGAGAACGAAGGCUUGGUUGUCGCGCUGUCGAAGAUCUGCGAAAAUCGAGGAUUAUCAAAAGAGGUGGCUAACAGAUGCAUACAAUUGAACGAUUUGCUGAAAAGUAGAACCGGCGUUGCCAUCGUCGGACCACCGGGUAGCGGAAAAACAUCGAUCCGAUUGUGUCUGGCCGAAGCGAUGGCAAAGAUCGGCGAGCCUGUGCAACAGAUUAUAGUUUAUCCCGGAGCGAUACCAAGGAGCAGAUUAUUAGGACACGUAAAUCAGCGAACAAGGGAAUGGAAGGAAGGCAUUCUAUCAAAUGCGGUAACAUCCGCUGGAAAUUCCGCGACCUGGAUCAUUUUUAACGGAGAUGUGGAACCUGAAUGGGCGGAGGCUUUAAAUUCAGCCCUGGACGAUAAUCGACUGUUAACAUUACCCAAUGGAAUAGGAAUUAAACUUGGCAGCGCUACGAGAUUUAUUUUCGAGACACAUAAGCUCGCCAGCGCCAGCCCAGCUACAGUUUCACGAUUGGGUGUUUUGCAUCUCGGGUCAACAAAAUCGUCGUCUCUGCUAGUACCAUGGCGAUUAGAGCAGCUUCCUUCCACAGCAGCAGAAAUCGCGAAUGCCCAUUUAUGUUCAUGCAUUGACGAAACUUUGAAGAUAAAUGUCGAGGGCUCGUCUGCAGCUGGUUUAAUGUCUGCUGCAUUGUGUCAUCUUCGUAAAACGCAAACGUUCUCUCAAACAACUCAAGGCCUUCUGGUCUCAUUAUGCGGUCAAGUGAAAGAUUUACAAUCUAGAGACAAUCUGGCGACAUUCAUUUACGGAUCGACCGACAGUUGGUGUCCCGAUCCGCAAAAACCAUGCGCCGUUCUCUACGAUCACGAAACUGAUCGACUGGUACCUUUUAACGAUACGUAUGAGUCUGUCAACACCGAUUAUGGAUCUGUUUCAAUUUCCGAUUGCGUUAAGAAAGCAUUGGCAGCUAUUUUGCCCUGGAUAGAAGACGGCCAUCCGAUUAUGAUUCGCGGACCCGAGGCUUGCGGUAAAAACGCUUUAAUCGAUAUUGCGUUAUCAAAGAUUAAAAAUCACGAUACUUUGGCCGUGGUGAAAGGAUCCUCGCUUUAUGGUCCCGACGAUCUCGUGUCUCGUUUGAAGAAGGCUUGUUUAUGUCUGGAGUCCUCUUCGCAGGGCAGGACGUAUAAGCCGAGAAGCGGAUCUCGAGUGCUUCUUAUUUUAGAGGACAUGCAUCUCGCUGCUAAAGAUUUGCAGGAAUUGGUGAGAGAAUUGUUUCAAGAGGAAGGUUUUCUCGAGGAGGAUCUCGAAUUUUCCAAAGUAUCCUUAACAAUUAUAUGCACUGCUGAUGUAUCUACUCGUCUGCAUCCUAGACUCGAAGCUGUAUUUGCAACUUAUUAUUUAGAAUAUCCAAACCAAAAGGAUGUCGCAACCAUUCUCGAGCUUCAUUUAAGAGCCUCUUUGAAGCAAGUUGACCUUGUUAUGGCCGAAGCAUGGAUCUCGCGAAUGAAGCCUAAUAUAUUGGACGCUUUUCGAUUCGCGUGUUCCGCUCAAGAAACUUCUCUUACUUGGACUCUCAAGGAUAUGGUCUCGUGGGCAAGUCGCUUGAAGUAUUAUCCUAUACCUGAAAACGAAACGGACAUCACUCGUCAUUUCUUAGACAUCGGACAACGGCUGUUUCGCCCGAGAUUAACACCCAAGGCGCUGACACGAUGGGAAUCUUUAUUAAUCUCAAAGGAUUCCGAGGCGAAGGAUUUCAGUAACGAUGUGUACGUGUGGAAGAGCACAAACGUCGGAUUAUAUCCAUUAAGUGAAGAACAAUGGCGAGAAGAGAUAAUUAAUGCAGCAGGCAGAUGCGCCAGGGAGGGUCAACCGGUGGAGGCACCGAUUUCAUCUUAUCUUCUGGAAACCGCAGCUGGAUUGAGUUGGGCUAUAGGAUGCAAUUUCCGUGGUAUAAUUCUUGUCGGCCGACCGGGAGCGGGCAGGCGAUCAGCGGUUAAAUUAGUUGCAACCUUCUCCUCUCUUCGGCUAAUUGAUUCAGGACCUGGACGCGGUAAAGUAGCGAUAAAAAACGCCGUGCAAGCCGCCGGUAUCGAAAGUCAACCGACUUUGCUGCUAUUAGAAGAACAUCAUGCUCGAGAAGAAACUUUGGCUGUGUUAGUGAGCGCUAUAGUAUCUAAAGGGGAAAUUCCAGGGCUCUUCACGGCGGAAGAACUUGAUGCGCUCGUUGCACCGUUAGCCGAUCUGGCUCGAAGGGAAGAUUUUCAAGGAACAUUAGAGCACUACUUGUAUCAUCGCUUGCGUAAGUAUCUUCGAGUGGCGAUGAUCUUGGAUUCAGAAGAGAUCGAAUCGUCGUCGUUAUUACGUCUGGGUCUUUUGCGGUAUUGUGCGCUACUUGGAUCUGGACCUGGUGCUGGCGAAUGGUGGUCCCGAGAAAACUCUCUAAUUAAACUGGCGGUUCAGGAGGGCACUUUGCAGUUAAACGAAUCCGAGGAGCUGCCGAGCGGCGCAAAAGUCAUAAUCGGUACUCACCUGCAGGCACCUCACUAUCAAAGGGCACCGGCAAGGUUCCUUGCUCUGGUGCACACCUGGAGACACCUUCGCGACACGUGGAGCAAGGAGGUCGGCGAAAAGCUGCAAUCGCUCGAAGCUGGUAUCGGAAAGCUGAGGGAGGCCGGCGAGCAGGUAGCCAAGUUAGAAGAUGACGUAUCCAGGCAACGUCAGGAACUCGAGGUGGAAAAAGGAAGAGCUAAUGCUGCUCUCGAACAAAUUACUGCUACGAUGAGAGGAGCGACUAGCCAAAGAGGAGAGAUGACAAAUCUGAAAGCUAACACGGAACGUGAGAGUGUCGAACUUGCGCGACGCAAGGCGGAUAUAGAAAGUGAAUUAGGGAAGGUCGAGCCUCUAGUGGAACAAGCUGCUCAAGCAGUAGCCGGUAUAAGUGCCGACGCAUUGGCUGAAGUUCGUUCAUUGAGAGCACCGCCGGCGGCAGUGAGAGACGUUCUCGAGGGUGUUCUCCGGCUAAUGGGCAUAAAGGACACAUCUUGGAACAGCAUGAAGACCUUCCUUGCUAAGCGAGGCGUAAAAGACGAGAUCAGAAAUUGGGACGCGAGACGCAGCGCUCCUGCCAGUUUAGAAGCGGUUGCAAAGCUGAUAAAGGAACGUCCGGACAGUUUCGAAGAGAAAACGGCGAAGAGAGCAUCGGUGGCGGCCGCUCCACUAGCCGCUUGGGUUCUCGCCAAUCUCCAAUACGGCCAGAUACUGGAACAGGUUGCUCCUUUAGAGCGUGAACAACGACAAUUAGCUGAAGGAUUGGCGGCAGCUGAAGCACAGCUGGGAAAAUUGGAAGCUGGAUUGAACACGGUGGAGAGUCGCGUUGCGCAACUUCAGAAGGAGCUUGCCGAGCAUACGAGGGGCGCGGCUGAAUUGCAGCUACGAACCGAAUCCGCGGAGGCCAGCCUCUCGACGGCUCGAGCUCUCUUGCAAAAGCUCGACACUGAACAUCGCGAUUGGCAGGCUCAGUUCCAAGAUCUUACCGCUAGGAAAGAAAAAUUGGACAUUGAGGCGGCUAAUGCGGCGGCUCUACUCGUAUAUCAGGAUCCUAAGAAGGAUGACAAUUGGAAAAUAUCGGCAACUAAAUUAUUAGCAACCGAACGCGAGACAUUGUUGUGGAGAGCGCAGGGUUUGCCAGCAGAUACGAGCAGCUUGGUCGCAGCCUCUCGCGUGCUGAAAGGACCUUUGGUACCCAUCUUCCUUGAUCCUUCGGGAGUAGCUGUGUCCUGGAUUAAACGUAGCAUUGGAUCCAGACUUGAGAUUACUCAGCCGGAAAAUUCCAAAUUUCUGACGGCUUUGGAGCUCGCUGUGCGCUUUGGUAAACCUCUCUUGGUCGAGGAAUUAGUUGAGUUUCCGACAAUAUUGUUGCCCGUCCUUCGUCGUCGGCCACUUAGGUUGGGCGAUCGCAUUUUGCCGGCUCAGCAAGGCUUCCAACUUUUCCUGGCAACGAGAAAGGACAAGUUAGAAGACAUUCCGAAGGAAGCUGAUGCUGUGCUGUGUGAAAUCACACUUGGUACUGGAAUAAAAAGCUUGACGGAAAGAUUCGUAGAGAAGCUGUUGUUAAACGAAACGCCGGAGCUCGAGGCGCAAAGGAGAAAAGCUUUGGAAAGGGAAGAGAAACUGUCGGGAGAACGAGACGCGGCAAGACUGGAUGUAUUGAGCCAACUAGCUACAGCCAGGGGUCAGGAUCUUUUGCAAGAAUCUCAAGAACAGGGAGGACUUUUGUUCUCCUUGGAAGCAACGCAGUCCAAGGCGAAAGAAAUAGCGAUUGCUCUGGAGGAAAGCAGACAAAGUUUGAACGAAGUCUCAAGACGAGCCAAGGAUCACGAAAAGUUUGCGCAGUUUGCCGCUAAUGUUUACGAGACUAUUAAAGGAUUAACACUUCUCAGCCCUUUGUACGUCGUUUCCGCGGAAGCUUAUACGGACAUCUGUUUGAAAGCGGUGCAAAGUGACAGCUUUUCAGCAAGUGAAGACAGAGAAAAGAAAGAAUCGCGCAGUUUAAUCGAGAAACGGUUGAUAACUUUGACGUACUAUCAUUGCGCAAAGGCGAUCUACAGGAAGCAUAGACUUCCUCUGGCGUUGCAUAUGGCAUUGUCGUUAAAUCCAGUACCGGAUGUCGAGAAAAAUCUCUUGUUCGAUAACGGUGCGAUCGGCAACUCCGAUAACGCGGACUUCGAAUUACCUGAAUGGAUACCGGAUGAACGACGCGAGGCUGUGCAAGUCUUAAGUUCUUCUUUGCCAGAUGUAACUGUUAGAAUGAAUUCUUCCUGGCUGAAGGAUAUUUCAAAUAUUUACGCGGACAACGGACUCAGCGCUUUUCAGAAAGUUCUGGUCGUGAAAGCUCUUCGACCUGAUUAUUUACACACCGCUCUUUCUAAAUUGGCCGCGAAGCAAUUAGGUGUUAAGGAUUUGGCUCCACCUUUGUGGACAUUGAACACAAUUGCCCAGGAAAAGGAAGGGUCGUAUCCUGUUCUGCUACUUUUAUCUCCGGGAACUGAUCCUGGUGCCGAGCUCAGCAUACUGGCUGCGAAUCAUGCCUCUGCUGGAUUUACCGAGAUUUCCUUGGGUCAAGGAUAUGUUACCCAAGCUGAAUCGGCAUUGGAAGCCGCAUGCAGAAACGGUAGUUGGAUAUUAUUGAGCAACUUGCAGCUUGCUCUGAAUUGGUUACCGCGAUUAGAGAGCCUGCUUCGUUCGCCGAUGUGUACGACAAAUAAAAAUUCUUCUACGAGGAUCUGGCUGACCACUGAAGAAUGCACUGGAUUUUAUCCGGGUUUAGCGGGACUCUGUUUGAAGUUAGCUUAUGAACCUCCCGAGGGCGUAAAGAGGAACAUAAAGAGAUCGCUUCAUCAGCUACGACAAACGCAGCGUGAUGGUGACGCCACGACUGCCGUAUUGGUGCUCUCUUGGUUGCACGCAACGCUUCAAGAACGACGAAAUUUCGUUCCUCAAGGUUGGAUCAAAUCGUAUGAAUGGAACGAGUCGGAUCUCGAGGCGGCUUACGAACUGGUCGUCAAGGAAAUGAUGAAGGAGAAACGAUCGCAAGGAGACUGGCAGAUCGGCAGAGGUUUACUCGACGUUGCGGUUUAUGGUGGUCGACUUCAGGAUGGCUACGACGCAAGAGCGUUGCGCUCGAUGAUACGCGAUGCAUGGUCCAGAGAUAUUUUCGAGGGCCACCGGAAGCUGGGAAAUGUGUUAAAGGUAACCGACGUGACGCUCGGCGAUCCGGUGAAAUCGUUGGAGAAUCUAGACGAUGCCGAUUCGCCAAGGGAAUACUUCGGCCUUCCUGCUAAUGCACACAGAGCAUGGGAAAGAGCUGCUUCGGAAGAAGCUCUGACGUAUUUCAAAGGCAUCUUGAUGAAAUCCUUCAGCAACAGCAAAGAAAACAGCAAUAAGCUGGAAAAAUCCAAAGUCAAAGAGAAUUUGAAAGAACUUAUGGAUCGACAAUCUUCUGUAACAUUCACAUAUGAUUCAGGUGGACAGAAAAAAAAUUCUUUGCAAGACUUUUUCAUGGACGAGAUUGAUCACACAAAAAAGUUAUUAAAUAUCGUACAAACGGACAUUGACGCAUCGUCUUUCGAGAAUAACGAAACUCCUAAGCAUUGGUUAAUGGAAUGGCGAGCUGGUCCGAAAAAUGCCAUUCAAUUUAUAAAGGCGGUUUCGUCCAAGUACGAAGCGCUAAAAUCCUUAGCGACGAGUAUACCUCGCCGAGUCGAUUUGUCACAAUUAUCCCGACCACGCGCUCUUUUAACUGCACUAAAGCAACAUACCGCACGAGAGCUUGGCUAUCCACUGGAAACACUUCAACUCUAUGCAAAUUGGAUCGAAAAUCGUCCAAAUAAAAAAUGGAAAGUGUCACUCGAGCUCGAAGGUUUACUUAUAUCAGGAGCUUUGAUUGAGGAAGGUGUCUUGAAAGAUUUGGAUGUAAAUUCGGCAGCGGUCGCGGUCGCCCCGAUAUGCCAAGUGGCAUUUAUGCCCGACGAAUAUUCGGAAGAUAAAUCUGGCAACGAUAAUUCUAGCAAUUUCGAAGAUCGAGAAGAUUAUCUGUGCAUACCGAUUUAUACAAGUGUUCAACGAGAGACUCUAAUCUGUGCGUUACCGAUCACAUGUCCGAGAGAAGAACGCGAUGCAUGGUUACGUCGUGGCGUCAUCCUAUAUUUGCGAUAAGUACUUACAGUAAUCGUUUCUAAUCACGAAUUCAGUGAUGAACAUACGAGAUAAUAGGCAACUAGUGUGAGACGUUCAAGCAGAUUUCUUAUUGGAGAUUCUUACGGAAGAAUGCGGAGAUGUUAGUAUUUUUAUAAAUAAAAAGUUCCAAUCACAUACUUUAAGAAUGUAAA